AUGGUUCUCUCUGAGGACUGGAACACUACAGAAUUUCUUUACAACUCUUCGUCUGGGAACCUAACCUUGGAAGAUGCCGUGGAGAGGGAGCAUCCUUUCCUCACGGAUGCCUGGCUGGUACCACUCUUCUUCUCUCUAAUCAUGCUGGUGGGGCUAAUAGGAAACUCUCUGGUCAUCUACGUGAUUUCCAAACACAGGCAGAUGAGAACUGCAACUAACUUCUACAUAGCUAACCUAGCAGCUACUGACAUCAUCUUCCUAGUAUGCUGUGUACCUUUCACUGCCACCCUCUACCCACUCCCUUCCUGGAUCUUCGGGGACUUCAUGUGCAAAUUUGUUGCUUUUCUUCAGCAGGUGACGGUCCAGGCUACGUGCAUCACAUUGACCGCAAUGAGUGGCGAUCGCUGCUAUGUGACAGUAUAUCCCUUAAAAUCUCUACGUCACCGAACACCCCGCAUUGCCAUGAUUGUUAGUAUCUGCAUAUGGAUCGGCUCUUUCAUUCUCUCCACACCAAUUUUCCUGUAUCAAAGAAUUGAGGAUGGCUACUGGUACGGACCAAGGCAAUACUGCAUGGAGAGGUUCCCAUCGAAGACCCACGAGAAAGCCUUUAUUCUUUACCAGUUCAUAGCUGUCUACCUCCUGCCUGUCCUUACCAUCUCUUUCUGCUAUUCCUUCAUGUUAAAGAGGGUGGGCCAACCUGUGGUAGAGCCUGUGGACAAUAAUUACCAGGUCCACUUGCUCUCUGAGAGAACUGUCACAGUCAGGAGCAAAAUCUCCAGAAUGGUGGUGGUCAUUGUCGUCCUCUUCACCAUUUGCUGGGGACCCAUCCAGAUCUUCGUCCUCUUUCAGUCUUUCUACCCCAAUUUUAAAAUCAAUUACGCGACGUAUAAGAUCAAAACUUGGGCGAAUUGCAUGUCUUACGCCAACUCUUCCAUCAAUCCAAUCGUCUACGGGUUUAUGGGGGCCAGCUUCCGAAAGUCCUUCAGGAAAACAUUCCCCUUUCUCUACAGACACAAAGUGCGGGACAGCAGCAUCACCUCGCGAACCGCCAACGCAGAAAUCAAGUUUGUUGCAACAGAGGAGAGCAACAAUGAGAGGAAAUGA